GCUGUCAAAUUGGUAACAGAUCGAACAUUGACUAAUUGCAAAAAUUUGAUUCUGUUUUUUUUUUGCAGUAUGUUCAACGACAUUGUACAGAAUGUGGAUCGGCUUGGCGAAGUGAUCGACAGAAUUCGACGACUUGGUCAGGCUCAUGCCCAUCUUAGUCAAGCUUGUUUGUUCCAUCCGGACAUCUGGGACAGACUUGGGGAGACACUGAUGGAGAAAUUCUCAACGCAUGAUGCAGUUCAGAAAACCAGAGAAGCUGGAAAAGCAUGGCGAAUUAUUAUUGCAACAAUAACGGGUGAACUACGAUACGGUUUUGUAAGCAAGGCUCGAUCUUAUACCAGGUAUAUACUUCUGCUUCUGCUUCUACUGCUACUGCUACUGUAUUCUGUUCUUAGAUGUUAG